AUGAACGGUGUCUUGCAGAGCAUAUUUACAAUUAUUCUGACAGUGGAAUUUAUAAUUGGCAACAUUGGGAAUGGAAUCAUAGCUGUGGUGAACAUCAUAGACUUGGUCAAGAGAAGAAAGAUCUCUUCAGUGGAUCAGAUCCUCACUGCUCUGGCCAUCUCCAGAAUUGCACUGCUGUGGUUAGUAUUAGUGAAUUGGUGGUUCAUUAUGUUCUCCCCAGGGAAAUGGAUGACCAAAAGAAUGGUUGGGAUACUACACAGUAUCUGGACAGCGUUCAACCAGUUUAGUCUCUGGUUUGCUACAAGUCUCAGUAUCUUUUGUUUUUUCAAGAUAGCAAAUUUUUCCAACACCAUUUUCCUUUAUUUUAAAGUCAGAGUUAAAAAAGUGAUGGCAGGGGCUUUGCUAGUGUCUUUGGUUCUCUUAUGCUUAAAUAUUAUAGUAAUUAACGUACCUGAGAACAUUUUUAUCCCUGAAUAUAAAAUAAAUAUGUCUUACAGCUUGAGUUUGAAUAACACACAGCCUUCCGUGCUGUUUUCAUUUGCUAACACCAUAUUUGUGUUCAUACCAUUUGCUGUGUCGCUGGUCACUUUCCUCCUGCUCAUCUUCUCCCUGUGUAAACAUCUGAGGAAGAUGCAGCACAGUUCCCAAGGAAGCAAAGACAUCAGUACCAAGGCCCACAUCAGAGCCUUGCAGACGGUGAUCGCCUCCCUCCUCUUGUAUGCCAUUUUCUUUCUGUCUCUUGUUGUGAAAGUUUGGGGUUCUCUGCUUCUGGAGCGAAAGCUGCUGCUUCUGAUCACACAGGCUGCGAGAACUGCUUUUCCCUCGGUGCACUCCUGUGUUCUGAUUCUGGGAAAUCCUAAACUGAGAAAGGCUUCUCUCUCUGUGCUGCUGUGGCUGAGAUGCAGGAGCAAAGACAGAAACCCAAGUGUACACAGAGCUGGGGCUCAGUUAUGUGGAUCAUCUUGUAUAUCUUAG